AUGGACACAGAUUUCCUGGAUAGGAUCAUGGGAGCAGAGGUAGGCGUGGGCAGGGUCGACGACUUUGUCGGCAAGCUUUGGACGGGAUGGAAGGCGAUCAGAGAGCAAGGGGUUGCUCAGCCCCUCCAUCUAGGUCUCUUCCGUUCGGAUUACCUCCUGCAUUCCCCAUCUGCAGAUGAGCCAGUCUCUCUUAAGCAGGUCGAGUUCAAUACGAUAUCAUCGUCUUUUGGGCCCUUGUCCCAGCAGACUGCUGCCUUGCACAGGUAUCUAUACAACUCGACACGAUACUAUGACACCUCUCCUCAACUGAGGCCAGAGAACUUCCCACCAAACACCACGUUAUCUGGAUUAGCUUCCGGGCUGGCGGAGGGACACAAAGCAUAUGGCGUCCCAGAGGCGCAUAUCCUUUUCGUCGUGCAAGACGGCGAGAGGAACGUCUUCGAUCAGCGCUGGUUAGAGUACGAACUCCUCGAGAAACAUUCGAUCCACGUUACGAGACAAACAUUAACUCAGUUGACCUCUUCCGCUUCUACUAACGCGCGAACCUCUGCCCUUAUAAUUUCCCCCGCCACCGAGGUAUCCGUCGUUUACUUCCGCGCAGGGUACACUCCCAACGACUUCACCCAACCCGCGCACUUCGAGGCGCGUUUCCUCCUGGAGAAAUCCCGGGCCAUCAAAUGCCCGAGCAUACCCCUCCAGCUCGCCGGUGGCAAGAAGGUGCAGGAGGUCCUCGCGAAGCCAGGCGUGGUGGAGCAAUUCUUGAAGGACCAAGGUGAAGACGUGAUCAGGGAGAUCCGCGCUAGCUGGAUGGGGAUGUGGGGGCUCGAUGACGACGAGGAGAGUAUCGACGCAGCGGGAAAUGUCGUGGGCGAUACUAUGACCAAGGACACGGAAGCCGAGCGCGAGCCGGCGGGGCUCAAGCGCGCGCUUGCGAACUACGCGAACUUGGUGCUGAAGCCGCAGCGAGAGGGCGGCGGGAACAACGUCUACAAGGCGUCCAUUCCGCCCUUCCUGGCGAGCCUGCCCCCCCAAGAACGCGCGGCGUGGAUCUCGAUGGAGCUUAUUGUUCCCCCGCAGGGGUUGGGUAAUUACCUAGUACGAUCGGGCGGCGGGCACGUCAAGGCGGAGGUCGUUAGCGAGCUGGGGAUAUUCGGGUGGGCGCUGUUUGGUGGGGAGGAGAGGAAGGUGGUGAAGGAGGAGGAGGCGGGGUGGUUAGUCAGAACGAAGGGGAGGGAGAAUGACGAGGGCGGAGUCGCUGCCGGCUUUUCGGUGUUGGACUCCAUCCUCCUGGUGGACUAG